UCCGUACAGAGGAUGUUGUAGGUGCUGUCCGCUGGUAUUCGGGUUGUUGCUUGGGGAUACCUGGCUGCUUAUGGGUCCAGAGGACGUUAGGAUGUUUAAGGCAGCGUGAUAAACAGACAACUUGUAGUCCCUGCUGUUCCGUUUGCAGCACUGUUUCUUGUGACGGGUUGACAAUAAGCUGACGUGGGGAGAAUAAGCCCAAUUCUGGGAUUAUGGCUGGGACCGGAGUUCCUGUCAGCGGCAGCAGUGGUGGCCUUCUAGUCUGUGGUGGAGGGGGGAGCAGUCGGCUCCAUGUAGGCUAGGCCUCUGUAGGGGAGCCUUUGGCUAUUAUUUUCCAUAAACACACUUCUGCUCCAGGCUUCCCUUGCACUCCUGUAUCCGGGGCCUCUGUUGCUACUGUAACAUCCACUGGAGAAAUUAGUAAACAAAUAAGUGGUGGGCCUGUCGUUUAUUACCGGGCCUCGAACCCCCUCUUUAGGAGGGGAGGAAGGCGUAGGAUAUAUUGCUUUUCACUGGUCGGAGGCUGGAGGAGUUCAAUAGCAAGACGAACUGGAUUGCUACAAGAAACCGCAGUUAGGUACGGACUCCAUUGACACCACAGGAGAAGCACCAGUACCAGCUAGAUUUUGUCAUAGUUUAUGGAAAUUGGAUUGGUGGAUCUCAACUACAGCUAAGUGGGAUAUUUGUUUUGGUGACUGUCUUUUCAUCCCGUUACUUCGGAGGCUUUUGCCCGUCUUUCUUCUGUUUCCGGACUGCAACGGCUGUGUCGAUUGGGAGUGUCGUGUUGCCUUUCCCCGCUGGUUCGGGGAGUCAUACUUGGGUGGAUGAAUGUGGGAAAAAAUGGAGACGAAGACUAUUGUGUACGAUUUGGACACUACUGGGGGCCUUAUGCAGCAAAUCCAAGAACUGCUAGCUCCCCCGAAAAGCGACGAUGGUGGGGUGGUUGAAAAGAAGAGCCGAAAGCCAGAGAAGGAGCCCCGGCGGAGUGGUAGGGCCACUAACCACGACAGUUGCGACAGCUGCAAGGAAGGGGGUGACUUGUUAUGUUGUGACCACUGCCCGGCUGCUUUUCAUCUUCAGUGCUGCAACCCUCCACUAAGUGAAGAAAUGCUGCCUCCAGGGGAGUGGAUGUGUCAUCGCUGUACUAUACGCAGAAAGAAACGUGAACAAAAGAAAGAGUUUGUCCAGCUAAAUGGUGUAAUGGACAAGCACUCCACCAGAAGAACCAUCUCCCCAACAAAUGACUUUGAUGUAUUGGAGAAAGGAACUGUGAUCAGGGCCAUUGCACAAGCAAAGUUCAUUGAAAAGAGGACAAGUCGACCCACAACACCAACAUCUAGUGCUAGCACAGAAACUCCAAAUUCAGAUGAGGACUUGAUUGAUGUGGAUGAUGACCCCACCACAGUCUUGGAACUGGACUGCAUGCAACCACAGCUGAAACGCCCUUUUGAGCUGUUGAUUGCAGCAGCCAUGGAGAAGAACCCUACGCAGUUUCAGCUCCCUAAUGACCUUGCAUGUACCACUGCACUCCCAGGUACAAGCAAGAGAAAGAGGAAGGAAGAAACAGCAGGAAAGAAUAUGAAGAAAAUGCAACAUGAAUUAGACCACAAUGGUCUUGUUCCUUUGCCUGUCAGAGUGUGCUUCACAUGCAACAGGAGUUGCAGAGUUGCCCCGCUUAUUCAGUGUGAUUACUGUCCUCUCUUGUUCCAUAUGGACUGUCUUGACCCUCCUCUCACUGCCAUGCCAACUGGGAGAUGGAUGUGUCCAAAUCACAUCGAACACAUAGUGCUAAAUCAGAAGAAUCUGACACUUAGUAAUAGGUGUCAGAUUUUUGACCAUUUUCAGGACACAGUAUCUCAACAUGCUGUUAAGGUGGAAUUUCUCCAUAAAGUUCACAAGAAACAUCCACCCAACCGCAGAGUUGUCCAGCCUGUAAAAAGGAAAACCUUAAAGGUUCCUGAUGCCAUUAAGGCCCAGUACAUGUACCCUCCCCCUCUUGUACCUUCUGCAGGAAUUCGGGAUGGAGAGCUGAUUUGUAACAGAGUUUCUGAGGAAUUGCACAAGCACCUUCCCUUUCCUUCUGAGCACUUAGCAAAAGGUUCUGAACAGCAGCAGUGGCUUCGAAGUAUUGUUGCACUUCAGUGCAGCAUAUUAAGACACUUAUCUGCUUCACAGAUACAUUCACAUUGGGACUCCGAACAAGCGGAAAAGGUUGAUGUUAAGCCUUGCAUUGCAGCGGACAGGUCACUACACAGUUCUCAUGAGGCAGCCGAAAGGACGUCUUUAUCUCCACUUGGAUGUGCUGUGUCUUGCGGUAGCACUUCCACUACUUUAGGGAAUGCUGCCCAAAAUUCUGUAAGUCCUCUUAAGUCCCACCAAAUUUCACACAGAGAUUUUGAUGGCUGUAGCUACUGUGCACAAAAAACUUGCAGACUAACAACCUGUGGGAUUGCCAAUGGACCUACUGCUUCAGAGGUGAAGAAAAAUGGACCUCAUAUUUGUAAUGUUUCUCUAGAAGCUGAAACACAGGGGUUUAUGGGACCAAGCAGCACAUUAACAAAUCAGUCCACUCAGCAGGUCUGGAGCCGGCCACUCACACCUCCUUCUGCCAGCACGCAUCAGAAUCAUUUGGGAGGGGUGGUUGUGAAGAUGGAAACUACAGGAGGACCUAUUUCCUAUGCACAAAGAACUCCUCUGCCAGUCACAAGUGUGCCUGUUUCCUCAUUGAGCUUGUGUGCCAACCUUGACACCACCAGCACUUUGCAUCUGAAGGAUACACAGACUCAAGUGGUAGGCCGUCCCACAGUAGAACUGCGGCCUGUGACACCACCAUGGACAACUGUUAGGCCCACAACUCCCCCGUCAGUGGUAGGGGAUAGGGUACCGGCCACAAUACCCUGUACACAAAGACAGUGUUCACCAGCAAGUACAACAGACGUUAAAGUCAGUCCCAGCACAUUAUCUGCAGGAAAUAGCACUAUUAACCCCUUGUCUGUCACUACAAACUCGACGGCCUUGAUAGAUCUCUCUGCUACUUUAAAGGAAGUGAUGGAUGGGAAUGGAGAUAUUGAGUGGAGUCUGCUUGAUGAGACCUUGAUUAGGUUUCUGGCCUUGCAGAGAAUACAGCAACUGUUUUCAUCCAAAGUUCCAGCUGUACCAAGCUACGUUAGUCCUCAGCCAGCAUCUCCAGCAGGAAAUCCUUCUGAUGCAGUGCGGCGAAAAGAUGUUCAGGCCAGAGCAGUAUUCUAUCCACUGACAGGGAAAGGAGGUGCUGUCAAUAUGUGCUAUAGGACACUCUACAUAGGGGCAGGUGCAGACAUGGAUGUGUGCCUUACAAACUAUGGUCAUUGCAGCUAUAUUUCUGGCAAGCAUGCCUGCAUAUUUUUUGAUGAGAACACAAAGCAUUACGAACUGUUAAACUACAGUGAACAUGGAACAACUGUAGAUAAUGUGCUGUACUCCUGUGAUUUCUCUGAAAAGACAACUCCCACUCCUCCCAGCAGCAUGGUGGCCAAAGUACAAAAUGUCAUAAGGCAUGGUAAGAGUAAAAAGAAGGAAGAGGCCAAUCAGGAAGAAGAGGAGAAAGAAGAAGCAACAGAAGCAGUGAUGAACUCUCAGGCUCAGAGACAUCCCCAGAAACCCUGCAAUUGCAAAGCAAGCAGCUCAAGCCUAAUAGGUGGCAGUGGGGCAGGAUGGGAAGGGACUGCUUUGUUGCACCAUGGAAGCUACAUCAAAGUGGGUUGCCUCCAGUUCGUCUUCAGCAUUACAGAGUUUGCAGCCAAACUGCCCAAAGAGGUUACUGCCUUAGCACAAGCCACGGACUUGGAAGAAAAUGUUUUAUUGAAGCAACAUCAGGUGCCCGUGUUGCGGUCUAAUUCUGUCCCAUGAAAAACUUAACCAAUAUUUAAAAAUAUGAAUAUCUGGUAAUUAGGACUUUGCAACACCAAAUGUACAUAACAGAUUCUCUUUCUGAAGCAGACAUUUUUUCACAUUUGCAUGAAAUGAAGAAACUUUUAUUAAAGCUCUUUCUCUUGGCUCAAGUUUGAAGGGCAUUUGCACAUAUAUUUCUACCAUACAUUUCAUUUUUUUAAUUAAAUAAAAAAAGAUUUAAAUAAAAAGUGUGACUGUAGAACUUUGCAAUGAGGAAGAGUCUCUAACAAAAAAGUAAAGGGAUUUUUUGAUUCUCUUCAAAACUCAUAAUGAAAGUUUUCAUUCAGACCGAGACCGUUUUCAGUACAGCUGUGAAAUAAUUGAAACAAAAAAAACUUUUAUAUUUUGUGCCAGUGACAAUUUUAUAUUUAAAGAAGAUGCUCUUUUCUUAAACAAGGCUGUUUAGAUCAUUGUUUUAACAACUAUGGAUAAAUGUCCCCAGUGUGUUUCUCAUAAUUGGUUUCCAUUGAGGAACCACUUUCCUCAUUUUUUUUCUCCGACUACAUGCCUGUUUUGUUUCAGUAAGGAAAAAAAGUUAAACUUUUUGUAAAUAAACCUCAGAUAAUAUUUUGACGGUUCCUUUUUAAAAAAAUGUACAGUGCUACAUGUGGUAUAACGUUGGCUCCAGUUGUCGUAUUGUAGCAAAUCUGUUUGUCGUACUCUUGUUCAGAGUCUUUGUUUUUGUUAAAGGCUCCCUUCCCACCCCAGGCAAAGUAGUUCCCAUGUAAAUAGUAACUGUAUUGUUUUAGAUUUUACACUUUCUUGUAUUCUGUACAUAAAGUUACUUCAGAUUGUUUUCUGUCUGUUAAAAGACUGUAAAUACAGUAAAGAUUUUUUAAGCAACUGCCAAAGCA